CGUCAUCUGCCUCAUACAUUUAGCUUUAGCAACAAUUAGCUAGUGGUUCAAAUCAUAGAUAGAUCUUGCCGAAACGAUUGUUUUUCAUUUCAACUGACAGCCUACGUAGCGGUUAUUUAUUUGGUGCUCCCCGGGUUUACAGUGCCAAACAUGUAUAUAAAAGCCUUGUUCCGAUGCAGAGACAUGCUGAAAGCAGAACUGAUCGUGUGAAAUGCUAGCUAGCUUAAUCAAAGCUAGCUGACGAGCAAGGGGCCGAGAAGCGAAAGUGGCUAACAUUAACGAGAGAUAAGCUUAUCAUAAGAAGCCUGGGUACUAACAUAACCUGCCACUGAAGCCACAAGAAGAACGACUGAUAGAGAUAGUUUCUUUCCUACAAAGUAGCAGUGGGUCUCUCUCCAGGGCAGAGCCAUGGGUGCGUUCCUGGACAAGCCCAGGACGGAGAAGCACAACACGCAUGAUGAGGGCAAUGGCGUCCGCUAUGGCCUGAGCUCCAUGCAGGGCUGGCGGGUGGAGAUGGAGGAUGCUCACACAGCUGUGUUGGGACUUCCUGCUCCUGGUAUGACUGACUGGUCCUUUUUUGCCGUAUAUGACGGUCACGCUGGCUCAAGGGUUGCCAACUACUGCUCUAAGCAUCUUCUGGAACACAUAAUGAGUGCUAGCUUAGGGACCCAAGGCUCCCAGGCUGGUUCAGACAGCUCCACCAGUGACCCUCCAGCACUGGUUCUUCCCACAGUGGAGACUAUGAAAUCCGGGAUCCGGACAGGCUUCCUGAGGAUUGAUGAGCACAUGCGCAGCUUCUCUGACCUUCGAAAUGGCAUGGACCGUAGUGGUUCCACAGCAGUGGGAAUCCUCAUGUCACCCGAUCAUUUCUUUUUCGUCAACUGUGGCGAUUCUCGAGCUGUUCUAUAUCGCAAUUCACACGUGUGCUUCUCCACACUUGACCACAAGCCUUGCAACCCACGUGAGAGAGAGCGCAUCCAGAAUGCUGGCGGCUCAGUGAUGAUUCAAAGGGUUAAUGGGUCACUGGCUGUAUCAAGAGCCUUGGGGGACUACGAUUACAAGUGCGUGGAUGGCAAGGGCCCCACAGAGCAGCUGGUCAGCCCCGAACCAGAGGUGUUUGAGAUGGUUCGGGCUCCGGAACAGGAUCAGUUUGUCGUCCUGGCGUGUGACGGCAUCUGGGAUGUCAUGUCCAAUGAGGAGCUGUGCGAGUUUGUGAAAUCUAGGCUUGAGGUGUCUGACGACCUGGAAAAAGUCUGCAAUGAAGUGGUGGACACCUGCCUGCACAAGGGGAGUCGGGAUAACAUGAGUGUUGUGUUAGUGUGUUUUCCCAACGCUCCCAAAGUGUCGGAGGAAGCUGUGAGGAAAGACGCUGAACUCAACAAAUAUCUGGAGUCUCGAGUGGAAGAGAUGCUGUCUCGGCCAGGGGAGGAGGGGUUUCCGGACUUGGUAGCAGUGAUGAGGAACUUGUCCACCGACAUCGGCAUGCCCUUGCUGCCACCAGGGGGAGGCCUCGCCAGCAAACGCAGUGUUAUUGAAGCAGUAUACAACCGACUGAACCCAUACAGGGAGGAAGAUGGGAGCGGAGCUGAGUUGGAGUACCACUGGUAGCUGUCCAGCACAACUGUCUGAUCCAAAAAAAAAACAAAAAAAAAAGGACCACUUUUCCACACAAGAUCACAUCCAUAGUCACCUUUUUAAUCUCCUCUGGGAUUU